GCGAGUCAGUCAAACGAUAAUUUUUGCGCUGUGAACAUCAAUGACUAUCAACGAAGAUUUGAAUUACAUGUUUACCCUGACUCGCCAAUGGCUAUGGAUAUUUGGCAUAUGGCCCGAUCCCGAUAUCUCUUUGAGUGAUUUUCGUCGGCCGAGCAUAAGAUUCAUUAUCGUUACGUGUACUGUAAGCCUGUACGUAUCCGCGCCUCAAAUGAUGAAUGUGAUCCGUGCUUGGGGUGACGUGACUCGAAUGGUGGAAACUUUUGCUGCCGCGAAUUACAGCUUGUUAGCAGUGUGCAAAUUGUUCGUUACCUGGUAUCACGGCAAAACACUUCGACUGUUGAUGGGAUCGAUCAUGGCCGAUUGGGUGACUUCGACGAGCAACUGGGAACGAAAUACUAUGUUGAAGAUUGCGAGACGCGGCAGAAACUUAUCUCUUAGAUGUUGCGUAUCCGCAACGGGCUUGAUUAUAUUUUCGCUUUCUCUUUAUCUGAUGAAAUUCUUUAAAAAUAUACACCAGCCUCAUCGGAGCCUCGCCUAUCGGGUGGAAAGCAUCCAAAAGAGUCCGACUUACGAAAUCACAUAUAUGAUUCAAAUGUUCGGCGGCGCAUAUACGGUCCUUGCUAACUACUCCGUCGACAGCUUUGUCUCGAUACUCGUGCUGCACGUGUGCGCACAGUUGAUAAACCUGCGGACGAUACUUAACAAUCUAAUCAACAAAUUAGCUAACAAAUCUAUAUCUUCCUCGAGAUUUAAGGAAGGUUUAGCAGCGAUCGUUGUACGACAUGAGCAUCUCAUCAGGAAUGCAAAGAUGAUCGACGGUUGCUACAGCACAGUCUUAUUUGUAAACGUGUUACUCGCUACUUUUCAGAUGUGUUCUAUAACUUUUCAAAUUUUCACGAUAAUAACAGAUAAUUUGAAAAUGCCUAUUGUCAGAAUAUUUUUUCUCUCGUUUUAUAUCACCUGUAUGUUGACGCACUUGUAUACAUAUUGCUACGCAGCUGAAAGACUUAUAACGGAGAGCACCAAUAUGGCGUACGGCGUGUACGAAUGCAAAUGGUACAAUCUAUCAGCGAAAGACGCAAGAGAUUUAAUGAUCAUUGUAUAUCGAUCGAUGAUUCCUCUUAGAUUGACGGCCGGAAAAUUUGGAACCUUUUCGUUAGAGAUGUUCGGAACAACUCUUAAAACGUCAAUGGGGUACUUAUCUGCAUUGCUAACAAUGAGAGAUUAGAGAAAAUAAUGCUGUGGAGAGAUAAUCAAAUAAAUCAUGAACAGACAGACUUCUCAUGACUGACUACGAUAUCGAUUUUUGAAUAAUGGAAUAAACAGAUUUAUAUGCACUGUCUGUAACACCACUUUCGAAUUAAAAAAAAUACACAUUCUUGCGCACGUUGAACAGUUUAUGACCAUUAGAACUUACAUCAACAACUUAUAUACGAAAUAUAAGUCAAGUAGUGUAUUAAAUAUUAAUUAAUAACUAUUAAUAACUAUAUAUUGUUUGCUAUUUAACACGCUAUUCAUUAAGGGUCGGCAGGAGACCCAGGCAAACUCAGGUGCACUUUAUGCACUA